UUUUGACAACUUCAUCGAAAUGGUUCGUAAAUUGAAGUUCCACGAGAAAAAACUGUUGAAGAAGGUCGAUUUUAUAUCAUGGGAGAUAGACAACAACAUUCAUGAACUGAAGGUGAUGAAGAAAUAUUAUAUACAGCGCAGAGAGGAUUACACAAAGUAUAAUAAAAUGUCUCGAGAGGUCCGAGAACUUGCCAGGAAGAUCAAAGAACUUGACGUCAAAGAUCCGUUCAGAGCUGAGGCUACAUCACAACUCAUAGAAAAGCUGUACACAAUGCGUCUGAUACCAAGCAAGAAGAGUCUGGAACUAGCAGAUAAAAUCACUGCUUCAUCUUUCUGCAGGCGACGGUUGCCGGUGGUGAUGGUAAGGAACCACAUGUCAGAGACACUUAAGGCCGCUACAACAUUUAUAGAGCAGGGACAUGUACGAGUAGGACCACAGAUAAUAUCAGACCCAGCUUUCCUUGUCACCAGGAACAUGGAGGACUUCAUCACCUGGACAGAUACAUCAGCCAUCAGAAAACAUGUGCUAGACUACAAUGACAUGAGAGAUGACUUUGACCUUUUGAGCUAACAGUAACUACAAGUAUCACAAGACUCCUUCAUCAUCUGUGAUUUCAUGUUAACACUUGUAAAUACCACAAUAAAUAUGUAAAUAAU